AUGGUGCUACUAAUGUUCCAUCGUCAACUUUUACUUCUUUUUUCUAUUUUUCAUACAACUUUUGCUAAUGUUGAAACAUUACAUUUCGAAAGUGCCUGUCUACAACAAUCAAUCAGUGUUCAUUUAAAUCUUCGUUGUUCUCAAUAUGAACAUAUAAAAAUAAUUCGUGUUAUAUAUGGCUAUACGAAACAACCAUUAUUUCAAGACUGUCAAUUUAGUAUAUACGAUUGUAUUCAAGAAGGUACAAGUCAUAAUAUACUUUCAUGUAAUGAUCAACAAACUUGUGUAAUAAAUUUAACAAAAAGUGAAAUGCUUUCAACAGCAGUCACCACUAAUGGCGUACCGAAUUGUCCAGAUUUCAAUUAUAUUCAAGUCAAUUAUGGUUGUAUACCCGAUUCAAAAGAUAUUUGUGAUCAAUGGAAGGACGAAGGACCCACCGUACACAUCAGUCAUACAUACGCCAAAGAACGGCAAUUUAAUCGUUGCCAUUGUAAAGUACGUUCAUCGAUGCCUAACGGACAAGUUCUACUGCAUGCUCGCGAAAUCAACAGGCAGUUUGGCAGUUUAAAAUCUUUAUUACUUCCGAAAUCGUCGAAUAACGAUUGUAAAAAGACAACCUAUUUAGAAAUAGCAACCGAUCGAUCGGAAAGAAAAUGUAUGGAUAUGUUACCGUCGACUAGUAAUAGUGCUUUAUUUGGUUCUGGUUCACAUAAUUUUACAUUGACUUACGUUAAAAAUGAUCUCUAUUCAGAAUUGUUUUUCUAUUUUGAAUUAAAAGCAAGUCCAAUUAAAAAAGAUCAUAAUGUACAAAUUAUUUGCAAUUGGAAAAGACAUUCGACAACGACCAUAACAACAACGUUAACAACAUCGAUAAUAACUUCAACAAUUCCAAUAAAACGUUCGAGAAAAAGAACAACAGUAGAAAUGCAAAACGGUGGUAAAUUAAGUCGAGCUGAUCUUAUUCGACGUCGACCUGUAAAUCAAAAAAUACCUAAUGAUGAUUAUAUGAAUGUCGAAGAUACGACUAAUGUUCUAAUUAAUGAAGACCAAGAAGAAAUAGUUCAACAACAAGACGAAGUAGAAGAACAGGAGCAAGAGGAGGAAGAGGAGAUUUCAACCACGACAACGAUGGUUACGACCACAAUAAAACAGUCAAAAAUAAAAAAGAAGAAAACUUCCGGUUCUUCUACUGUAACGACUAGAACGACGACGACGACGACGACGAAAUUAUCUGAUGACGAUGAAGAAUGGUUACGUAUGUUAUCGCUUGCUGCUGACGUGGGUUCUCAAGCACCAUCAAAGCAAUUACUAUCAAUCAAUAAUCGAACAUUUGUUACUCUAACACAAGCUUCAAUAAUAAAUUCCGAUGAAAAACUUCGACAAACAUUACCAAAAUCUAAUACUCUUCUUUUUAUUCUUCUUAUUAUUAUUUGCGUAACGAUUUUCGUUCUUAUUGCUUAUUGUUUUAAAGUAAAACGACCGGGUUUUAUGAAACGCCUAAGAACAAAUGCAAAUAUUGCAUUUUUAUUCUGUUGUGAAGCUGCAAAACUUAUAUUUUGUUCAUCGAAUGAAGCACGUCGUCAAUCAAUAUCAAUAUCAAAUACGCCGAAUACAGCAAUAGAAAAUCGUAGUAGUCGUCGUCAUCAUCAUGGCCGUAAUCGGCCUUCAUCAACUCUUCCUGAUUAUCAAUCAAGUGAAUAUUAUAUGGAUGAAAAAAUUAAUGAUUGUGGUACAACACAAAACAGUACAUCUCAAGAUUCAUUACUAAAUGGUGAACAUAAUGAAUAUAGAAGUAAUAUUCAAAAUGCAAGUCAAAAUGAACGGCCCCCAUCAACAACUAAUUCAAAAAUAAGUAGUAAAAUGUCUACAACAAAAUCAACAACCAAUGGUCUUCGUUCACUUCAUCUUGAUGAACAUAUUAAAUUAGUAAAACAAAAAAAAGAAGAAGCUGAAAUAUUACGUUUACAAAAAUUUCAAGAACAACUAAGAAAAAAAGAACAAAAAUGGCAACAACAACAAGUCGAAAGAGUGAAAAAAUGGUUACAAUUACGCAAUCGUGAUGGUGAUCAUCGAUUACAAGUUGAAGAACGACGAAGAAAACGCGAAGAAGAAGCUCGAGCUAAAAUCGAUGAAAUAUUACGUCGCGAGAAAGAACGCGAACAAAAUUAUCAACAAAGAGUCAAUCAUAAUCAAAAAACAAAUGUAGUAAUUAGGCCUGAUUCUGCAAUGAGCGUGUCUACAGAUGUUGUUUCCACCCGACGAGCUGUUUCAGCAUCACGAAUACGUUCAAAUCAUCAAGAUAUACCAAAUCAACGUGCAUUCAAUGAUUCAACUGAUGAUAAUUCAACUGUUGUGAUCAGUUCUCAUCAAUUGAAUCCGAUUGACGAACAACCCAACCAUGAUCGUUCUACAACUCACGAGAGUUUCGUAUCAGCCACACAUCAUUCAUCGGCACGUAGUCAAACACGACCGAUGACAACAUCAAAUGUAUAUUGGUUAAAUACCGGUGAUAAUACUACUACUACUACUAAUAAUAAUAAUAAUAAAAGUGCAAAUUUUAUGCGUUUGACAUAUGCAGCGAAUUGUCGAUCCAAUCAUAGUCAUAGUGCUGACCGAUGUCCGCGAGCUUUGAUAGCUCGAGACGAAACAGCUAAUCGAGAAUCUCCACAACGAAUGCCAAAUUCUAAUCGUCAUCAUAAUAAUGACGUUAUCAAUCGAUUAGCUAAACCAAAAAUUGCCGCAAUGACACAAUCCGUACAUGUUAGUACAGCAACAGCAGCAUCAUCAUUAAAUGGUCUACCAGUAUCAAGAUCCAGUCAUCAGCUUCGUCUUACGGCUUCUUCCAAUGGUCGAAGGCAAAUUCACACUCGUCCUGCGACUGUUCCAACCUCAAACAAUGAAUCCCGAACGUCACCGUCGGAUGAAUCAUCUCGCGUCGAACAUCAUCUAUCAAAUAAACAAUCAACAAAUCGUCCUACAACACAUUCUAAACCUUCAUCUAACACAUCGAAACCACCUAUGGCAUCUGCAUUCUCCCGUUCAAAACCUUCUACCCAACGUUCUCAAAUGACAAUAUCAAAUUCGUCGUCUUCACUUUCGUCAUCAACCAUCCCACAUAAACGUCUUAUCGGUGCUGCAUCACCGGCAAAAUCAAAACCACCGCCAUCAUCAUCGUCACCACAACCAACAUCAACAACAAUUACUACCGAAAUUCAACCAAUCACAAAUACUAGCGAAGAAGAAAUUGUACCGGUGAAUCAAGAAGUUAUGUCUACUAUUGAAUCGAUUACUAAUGAUACAAACGAUGAUAAAGUUAAUUUAAUUAAAAGUGAACAAGAACAGAAAUACAUUGAUGAACAAGAAUAUCAACGUAAAUUAAAUCAAAAAAUUCGUGAAGCACAACAACGUUUAGAAAUCGAACGUCAACGUGAAGAAGAACGACAGCGUCAAUUAGAACUAGAAGAAUAUGAACGUGAGCAAGAACAAAUUCGUCUUGUCGAAGAACAACGUCGUGUUGAACAGGAACGUUUACAACGUGCAAUCGAAGAACGUGUACGUGAAAAUGAAUUAAAACGACAAGAAGAACUGCGUAUACAACAGCAACGUGAAGAAUUAGAAAGAAAACAAGCCGAAGAAACUGAACGUCUGAAUCGUGAACGUCAAGAACGAGCUCGAAAAGAAGAAGAAGAGCGAAUCGAAAGAAAAAGACGUUUAGAUUUAAUUAUGCGACGUACUCGACAAGUUUCGCCAACUGCAAAACCGGAAAAUAAUAUUAAUAAACCUACAAUCGAACAAACAAAUGGACAUGAUCAAAUAAAUAAUAUUUCUUCUCCAAUAGCCAUGAUCAAAUCUUCAAUACCCCAUUCCAUGUCGGAUAAUCGUUUUCCUACUUCGUCAUCCACUGAACAUUUCCUACUCAAUAAUGAUUCAAAUACGCUAUCAACACUCUCCUCGACUACUGAUACACCAAAAUUCAAAUCUCCGUUGAUACAAAGUCUUCUAAAUAAAGCACGAAAUACACGCUCAACAGAUAAUCUAUCGCAAACCAGUAUGACAGCAUCACAAAUAAUGAUUGAAAGUAUGGUUGAUGAAUCAGCCAACGCUACGAAAUCAACAACUCCAACUGAUCUUUCCGAUGAGUAUCAUAAUGAAAAUUCAACAAUAACUAUCACAAGCAAUGGCCAUUCUGACCUACAUUUGUCGUCGUCAAACAAUUUGAAUUCAUUUCAUGAUCGUCCGAUGGAAGCAGCAACUGCGUUUCAAUAA